AAUUACAUCGGGAUCGCCAUUCAGGAAAGGGGAGGAAACUUGAAAGCUGAAAAUGGCGAUGAUAAAAAAUUUCCGUAUUUUUCAUAAAUUGGAACCGCCGUACAGUGUUAUAAUCGAAAACAAGAACUACGAAGAAUCUCUGAUGUUUGAGUCGAAUGCACUCGCAGUUUUACAUUCAAGUGAAGCAGAGUUGCUAAAGAAACAAUACACAAAAAUACUGGAUGCCUAUGGCUGUCUUGGAGUAUUAAAUUAUGCAGUUGGAGAGGAUAAUGUGCUGUUCCUUGUAUUGGUCACCGGCUGUUUAUCGGUGGGUAAAAUAUGUGAUUCGGAAAUAUUUCGGAUAACAGCCACCCAAUUUCUGUCUCUGCGGAAUGGACAGGGCGAUGAAGAGAGAAUAUCGGAGGUUAAGAAGCUGUUGAAUUCAGGGACUUUCUACUUUGCUUGGUCAGCUGCCGGGACAACUUGGGACCUUACUUUAUGUGCUCAGAGGAAAAUCCAGGAACAUGACACGGAUAACAGAUUUUUCUGGAACAGAAUGCUUCACGUCCAUUUCCAGAGGUUUGCUAUAGACUGUGACAGGUGGUUGUUUAAGAUGAUCUGUGGAGGUGUGGAAAUAAGGACAAUCUAUGCUGCCCAUAGGCAAGCCAAGGCUUGUUUGAUAUCACGGCUCAGCUGUGAGAGGGCUGGAACCAGAUUCAACGUCAGAGGAACUAACGAUGAUGGUCAUGUGGCCAACUUUGUGGAGACUGAACAGGUCAUAUUCCUGGAUGAAAAGAUAUCAUCAUUUAUUCAGACAAGAGGUUCGGUUCCGUUAUUUUGGGAACAGCCUGGAAUCCAGGUUGGCUCUCAUCGAGUGAAAAUGUCGCGAGGACAUGAAGCUUCGGCCCCAGCCUUCGACAGACAUCUGAACAUGAUAAAGGACCUGUAUGGGGAUCAAGUGCUAAUAAACUUACUCGGACAGAAGGAGGGGGAGCACAUGCUGAGUCAGGCAUAUCUGAAACAUCACCAAGCUUCCACAUUUCAUCAAAGAAUUCCCCUGAUUAACUUUGACUACCAUUCUGAAGUUCGAGGGAAUGCUAAAAACCUGGAUAGACUGAAGCACAAGGUCCUCAAACAACUGGUGGAUUUUGGUUACUUUUACAGUGUGGAUAAUCUGGGAGACAGAUUUCAGUCCGGUACCAUGAGAUCAAACUGUCUAGACUGCUUGGAUAGAACCAAUGCUGUACAGUCCAUGCUGGGAAUGGAGAUGCUGCCUCGUCAGCUGGAGAGUUUGGGACUCGCUGAGAAACAACAGAUGGUGUCCAGGUUUCUAGACAUCUACCGCCAAAUAUGGAGUGCUAAUGGGGAUCAUGUCAGCAGAAUUUAUGCUGGAACAGGGGCUCUUGGAGGGGGUAGAUCAAAGUACUCUGAUGCUGCCCGCUCAGCCACACGAACCAUACAGAAUAACUUCCUUGACAACAGUAAACAGGAAGCAAUAGAUAUCUUGUUGCUAGGCAACACAUUAAGGGGAGAACUUGCAGACAAGGCCCGGGCAUUACUAACUACCAGAAUAUUACAUGCCCCUCCAGCUAUUCUUCAGUCUAUGGUCAAUGGCUAUCCUGAGUUCACAGAUGUGGAGAGUCUGAGGAUUUUCAUCGGAACCUGGAAUGUGAAUGGUGGAAAACAUUUUAGGAGUAUUGCGCACAAACACGAAUCUAUAUCAGACUGGCUGUUAGACGCUGCCUCCAUAACUAAAGAGAAAAACCCAGAUAUGCUUGAGAAAGCAGCUAACUGGGAGAAGCCAGUGGAUAUUUUUGCCAUUGGUUUUGAGGAGAUCGUUGACCUUAAUGCCAGUAACAUCAUGAAAGCAAGUACCACAAAUGCCAGGGAGUGGCAGAAGGAGUUACUGAAAAUAAUAUCAAGAGACCACAAGUAUGUGGUGUUGAACAGUGUCCAGUUGGUGGGGGUCAUUCUGUACAUAUUCAUACGCCCUCAUCUGGCGCCAUUUGUCAGGGAUGUUGCCACAGAUUCUGCUAAGACAGGAUUAGGAGGUGCAGCCGGUAACAAAGGGGGCGUGGCCAUACGUUUUCUCUACCAAAGCACGUCGCUUUGUUUUGUCUGUGCUCAUUUGUCAGCUGGACAGUCUCAAGUCAAUGACCGCAAUAGUGACUACCAUGAAAUCUCUAGAAAAAUCUGCUUCCCAAUGAUUACACCAACCGUUCGAAAGGGAAGGACCAUUGGUUCCCAUGACUACGUGUUCUGGUGUGGGGACUUUAACUAUAGGAUUGACCUUCCUCGGGAAGAGGUCCUCAGUUUGAUAGAGGCUCAAAACUGGGGAGCACUCCAAGCAUGUGACCAGCUGAAGGUCCAGAAAGAGGCUGGAAAUGUCUUUAAAGGUUAUACUGAGGGACCGACAGACUUCGCCCCUACCUACAAGUAUGACUUAUUUUGUAAUGACUAUGACUCGAGUGAGAAGUGUCGUUGUCCAGCCUGGACGGACAGAAUUCUGAUGAGAAGAAAACCUCUCAUUCACCAUUCACCACAAUUAUUAGAGGAUGGACCAGUGUGGAACCCUGGGAAAUUGUUGUUAUAUAACAGGGUAGAACUGAAGACAUCCGAUCACAGACCUGUCCUAUCACUGUAUGACAUCGACACAUUGAAAGUGGAAGACAACAAGAAGGAGCAGAAGUUACAGGAGAUUGUCAGCCAGCAAGGACCACCAGAUGGCACUGUCAUCAUUUCUGUGGAGACUGAAGAAAUGGAGCAAGAGCUGGUGGAGGCCAUUGUUCACUUCUUUUCUGAUGUUGGAGAAAUAGUCCUUGUUAGAUUCGUGGAAGCGGAUUUAUGGCUGAUCUUUAAGACGGGACAGUUUGCACUGAAGGCAUUGAACUAUGACGGCACAGAGAUAAAUGGAACGACCAUAAGGACUCGUCUGAAGACAGAGGAAUGGCGGGCUCAGAUACAGCAAGAGUUAAAAAUCUGUAUUGUAAACUCCACCCCACUCUAUAACCAGUUCUCCAACAGCCUGCUGGGGGAGGACUUCAGCACACCAGCCUUGGAGUUUGAAUCAGAAGAAGAGGAUGAUGCUGAGAUACAGGAUUCUUUGUUAGGAAUCCCCAUGGAUCAAAUUAGGCCAAGUUCACCAAACGGGUCAGGACGGAAUAGUCCAUACUCAGAUGAUGGGUAUCUAGAUCAACCCUCUGGCCCCCCUCCAAGGCCAGUGAAUAAACCUCCUGUCCCUUCCAUUGGUCCAAACAGAGAGUCACCUGACCCAUUUACCAUUCAGACCAAAUCACCAGGACCAGAGCCUGGAUCGAGACCAGCACCCCCACAGCGACCCUCAGGGCCACCGGUUAAACCUCCACCCCCUCAGCGACCCAAAGCUCCUCCUGUCAAACCAACACAUGGUGCAGAGAAAUCUAGUGAAACAGAUGUCAAAAGACCACCUCCAAUAGUAAGAAAACCAAUCAGUUCCCAAAGUAUCAAGAAAAUCAAGACCAAACAGCAAACAAAGACACAGGCAAUAAGUAUUGGUCGUCCAACGAACGUGACCCACCACGGACAUGCGUCCACUAUAGAGGAUGCCCAGUCAUUGAUUGAGAAACUGAUGGUCGGGGGAGGGAGCACAUUACCUCCACCUCUGCUGCCAGACUCAGACAAUAAGAUUGUUAGAAGUCUAACCAGUGAAGAUGUGGCAAGUGACAAAGCUGAAGUCGAAGCACCUAAACCUGUACCAAGAAACAAGACUUCUGGAAAUAUCUCUUCCAUGACCGAGGCCCCGCAGCGGCCAAGAGACAGCCCACCUAGUGUACAGGCACGUACUGAAGCUCGCCCUGUUCCUGCUCCAAGGAGGGAAAUUCAGAGUAUGGUCAUUAAUGAAGGGGUACAAUCCAAACCCUCGAGAGGACCACCUCCCCUUCCACCCACACGACCACAAAGUUGGAUGCCCUCAACCCAGAAAGUGUCAGAUGAUCAGACUUACGCAGUCGUAAAUAAAUUGACUGAUUCUUGUAAUAGUGCUAGUCAAAACAUUAUUGAUGCUCCUUUACCACUGGACAGAGACAGUAUGGUGGAGAGAGAUCCGUUUGACACUUCUAGUGUUCCCAGUCAGUUUUUAAAUCAGGCAUCACAAACUAAGAGUAGACCUCCAGUCAGUCGACCCCCUCCCCCUGUACCUAUCCGACACAUGUUAAACAACCAGGAUCUCGCAACUAGUGCUUCCUCAGACAUACAAAAUGACCAAACCCAGUGGGACGACUUUCACAGCAAUUCUGAGAAUUCUCAAUCAAUUCCAUCUUUUAGCUCUCCUGAGGUUCAGUCGUUAGAUGAUAGUUCUGAUAAAAAUUCAUCAAGUAUGGGUCCACCUUCUGAAUCUCCACCCCCUGUUCCGUUAGAAUUUUCAGAAGGACAUUCUCCUGAUCCCUCACCCACUCCUCCAUCAGACAGCCCCCCAUCAGAACCUCCACCCCCUCUUCCUUCAGAGGGUCCCCCUUUGGAACCCCCACCUCCUCUACCUUCAGAGGGUCCCCCAUCUGAGGCCCCUCCACCUCCACCAGUGGACAAAGAAGACCAAUUUGCAGAGUUUAAAGCCAAUUUUGAUAGUUUUCAAAAUUCUGCAACACCCCUGGAUCAUUUACCACCAGAUCCCCCUAAUCAUUCUCCCCAGGAACCCAGAAGUAGGGGACCAGUACCAUCUAGAGUUCUUCCUCCCGUUCCCACAAGGGGACCAGCUGCAGGGAAUCCCCCUGUUCCAAAGAGGCCAAUGAAUCAUCCUCCAGUACCACCUAGGUCUUAACAUGCUAAUACCUAGGUCCUAAAUAUGCAAACACUAAUAUCCUAACAUGCUAACUCGUAGGUCCCAACAUGCUACAAUAUAGGACCUAACAUUUACUACCCAUGUCCAAACGUGCAGUCACAAAGCUUGUAUGUUUGUUAACCAGAAACAAAAAACAAAACAAAGAAAAAAAACCAACCAAACAACAAUCUGAAGGGUAGUUCAUGUUUUAUCUACAGUAAAUCUUUUGUAUAAGGCAUUUCUGGAAACACAUCCUUUUAAUUCCCGAUGAAGGAGUUCUUUUACUCAAAAGAAAUUUACUGUGUGCAGAAUUAAGUUUAUUUAUGUUUGUACAUGACCUUCAACAUAGAUAAGAAUGUGAAAGGUUUACAUACAUGUAGGAUUUUUCAGAGUUAUCACCCUUUUAACUGCAUACGCAACAUACAUAUAAUGCUACAUCAGAAAAAUUGUUUUGAUUUUAGGGGGGUUGUGCCAGGUUGCACAUUUUAUGCAACAAAUCGGAGAAUACGUGUAUUAACGGACACGUUUCAGAUCUUCUAUCUUCCAAUAGACAGAAUUACUGCAUAGAAUAUAUUGGUUAAAUGUCUGACAAAUUCAGGAAGUACCGAUAUAACAUGUCAUUCGAGUGACAUCGCAUCAUCUUAACACCUUAUCUUUAUGUGAUUAUGAUCCUUGAGUUCAGGUCUGUGACUUAAUUCUUCAAAAAUCAGACAAAAUCUGGUCAAGAAGGGAGGAAAACACCGUACCCCAACUGGAAAAAUGUCAUUUUCUGUCACUUAAGUUCAAAACCAGAGUGUUUCAUUUUUUCAAAAAUUGAGCCAAUCAGAGGAUUUCCUUGGAAAAGAGGAAAUAUCACACCCCUGAAUUGACCCCUGCUUAAAAUUUUAGCUUAUCUGAGCCAAACUUUCAACUGAACUUUUCUGAGCUUGUCCAGUGGUUUGUCUGUAUGGUGUAAAUUAUUCCCCUUCACUAGAACCACAGCGCCAAAUCUGACAAAACUUCCUAUAUAACUAAUGACCACUCAUGUCUUAUUCCAAGGGGAGACAAAGUCAUUAAAAAAUCUGAACAAGGACUACUGAACCGAUAAUUACCCGUGUGAACACUUCCUUAUGUACAACGAAACACAAAGGCAGUGAUGCUUUGUUUUAUGUAAUGUAUAGGAAUAUAUUUCAAAAUCUUCUCAAGAAUCCACUUGUAGUGUAGAACUGUUCACAUCAUGAGCCCUGGGGCCAUAAUCAUGUGAAUACAAGUCAAAGCUAACAUUCUCAUGUAUUGAAUAGUACAAUUUGUUCAUACCAUGACCCCAUAAAUACAAUCUUCUAAUCAGCCACAAUAUUACAAAUAUGUUAUGCAAGCAUACUGUGUUUGGGGAGUGGAGUCUGCUCACACCAUGACCCUGGGAAGAGAACAGGGUCCACAGAAUUUCAAAAAAUCUUAUUCUCAGCAAUUAAAAAAGAAUAAUAUUUUAUGUUAAUAUGCAAACAUCUGCAUUCAACAUUUCAUUUUUGACACCUUGUCCCCGUCCCCCCCCCCCCCUCCCCCCUCCCCUGAGUUCAGUGUGAAGCAAGAAGAGGGGAUUUAAAUUUCGUGUUCGAAUAUACUGUAUAGAAAAAUUCUUUGAAUUUCCACAAGGGAACAAUAUUAUGUAAAAGCAUCUGCAUUUUGUGUAGAUUCAAAUAUACUCUCAUCAUGACCCCUGGUCUGGAUAAGGCCAUGAAUGGGAUGUUUUAUGAAUGUUUUAUAUGAGGAAAUGCCUGGGUGAAGGUGAACGAUGAUUUGUAAAUACAGGAGAUUUCCAUAUAACGGGAGUUCCUUGUAAUUGAGUUUUACAGUAUUAGUUAUUUGAAAUCGUGAGUUUAUUUUUCCACUCACUUUUUCAAAGAUUCGUUUGGGCGCUAGAUGUAAACUACCAUUGUUGACGUAAAAAUGAAUUGGGGCAUAUCGGGAUUUGCUAUUAACAAUUUUCUGAAAAACUUUUAAAUUUUGAACAAUCAUGUAAUCAUUGUGUCGUAGACAUGAGAAGUAUAUGUUAAAUGUAGAGUCUUGUUUUAAAUGUGGCUUCUAGUUUUAAAGUAGAACCACAGUGUAGACUGUGAUAUCAUUACUAGAUUCGGGCAUAUAGUGAUUGGUUUGUCAUAUUUCUAUCUGGUUCACCAUUGUUACAUUUUAACUGACAGUUUUGUUUUUGAUCCAUGUUGAAAGAUGAAAUACCAUGUCGACUUUUAUUAAUAUUCACAGUUCUUUCAUACAUGUAUCUAAGGAAAGUAAUCAAAUGGAGUACAUUGUAUAUGUAGCAUAUGUACACAGGUAAUGGUUUUGGAACUAGUCAUAUUUAUAAUUAUCUGAAGAGCGUACUUGUACAACUGAAAUGUAAUAUUUAUUAUGUAAAUCAUGAGGAUUAAGCCGCCAGCUGAGCCUUCUCCUUAAAGGAAAUUAAUACCUAUACACCGUGUACUCCGAGUCAUAUUCGUCUUACCAAACGAAAGUUUUUAUUUUCUUCAAAAUAAGUACAGGCAUGGUGCACUUCAAAAGUACAUGUACCACGAGAUCACUGACAGAUUGUAAAGAAAUAAUUCAACUUUGUGUUAUAUUUCAUUCCACUCAUUACAUUCCCUUCAUCAUCAUGAAUUUUCCAAAUGUUUUAGGUUGUGUCAGCUUGAUUUCAUGCAUAUCUGAAGGAAUUCAAAGUUGAUUAUUCCAGUAUAAUUAAUUAUUACACUGUAGUUUAAAUGCAUGUCUAGAAAAUUGUGCAAAGUACAAUUUUAAUGAGUUACUGCUUCAGAUGUCUCAUUUUGGACUUGGCUUUUAUUCUAAAUUUUUGCCUUCUAAAAAUUCAGUCCGACAUAAUAUUCAUGUGUGCAAUAAAAAAAAAAAAAGCAGCACCAACAAAGUGGUGUUGUAUUGUGAGGUAUUCUACCAUGCUUGGUAUCAAUUUUGGCUAUUUUUUUCACCAAGGAAGAACUGCAUGUUACAAGUACAUAUAAUUGUGUAUUUCAGAACAGUUUAGUAAUAUUCUAAUAUGCUGCUGUACUAUGUACAUGUUUUGUUGGUGUUCUAGAAAUUUCAUCUGUGAUAAUGUGUUGAGAUGUUAGAUAUGAACUGCAGAAUAGAGAAAAUAAAGUACUUGUUGAAGUGAAA